GUCGAGUUGAUGCCUAUAAACGGACCGUUCCUUCAUAAAUAAAAACUACUAUUUGUCUUCUACCUUCAGAAAAAAAUUCAACUCAUUUGGUUGAAGAGUCAUGAAGAUUUUGAAAUUUUCUGCAACUCUAGUGACUUUCUGGACACCCUAUAAUCCUACAUAUACACUACAGUAGACUUGUGUGGUCUCCUUCUCUCAAACAACAAAAAGCAUAUUUUUCUAUUAUAUAUCAUUUUGAAGCUUAUGAAAUUUACUACAAACUGGCAUGUUCAAAAUUCAAGAUGGGUGGGACCGGUCCCGGGUUUGUUUCGUUUACCAUAAUUUUGAAACUCAAUUCCUUUCUACAAUUCAGCGCUACUUUCUAUUAGUUUCAUGAUGAUAAUGGUGACUGGUUCUAGAAAUUUUAGUUGUAGAACACCCUAUUCGAGAUUCCCGGCAAAACUUCCACGGUACUCCUAUCACAGGGUUCUGCGGGAUCCUGCAGGAGUCAGGUGGGACUUUCAAGGGAUUUCUCAGGACUCCUGAGGAACUUUCGAGUCACAGGACUCGAACCGUGGAAGUGUGGGACUCCAUCGAAAGUUCUCAGAAUCCUCGAAGUCCCCCGGAAGUCCUGAGAAAUCCCUUGAAAGUCCCGCCUGGCUCCCGCAGAAUCCCGUGACAUGAGUCCCGUGGGAGUUUUACCGGGAGUCUCGACUAGGGUAUCUUGACUCGCCUGCUUUCAGAUAACCGCUGAAGCAACCUGCUUUCAGAUAACCGCUGAAUGUGACAAACUGAUGUAUACACAUAUAUACAUAUAACGCAUAUGUAUAUAUAUCUUUUGUUGUUUCCCAUUACUUUGUUCACUACAGUCUGAACUACGAUGAUGUCAGCAGCAAAAAGGUCAAAACUAGAUUCCCUUAAAUUUUAUCCAUAAAUCGCUACUAUCGCCGUAAAAUUUUUCAAUUUUACGUUGAUAGUAGAGAUUUAUGGAUAAUAUUUAUGGAUGCCUAGUUUUGACCCAGCAAAAAUGUACGUUGAUUUCAAACUAUUUUUCAAACAAUACUAGGUUUUAGAUGAUGUUUUAAUCGGACGUCCACGCUCCUUUUGGUUUUAACUGAAGAUGCAUGGGUGUGCUAAAACAUUGGCUUUGUUAAGAGCUCGAACAAAGCAAAAAUUUUUAUUUGCUUAUUUUUUUGUCUCAGUGCUAGUUGAUUGUAACGAAAGUGCUAGUUGUUCGUUUCGUGUUUACGUUUUAUGCGCAGACUUUUUGACUACCUCUCAUGUCGAAAUAAGGAACAUUUUUCAUUCUGAAAAAUAAAAAGAUAAUAAUGAAGAGAAAGAAUCUUGUGCUGAUUUUACUUGUCAGGAUAGUAGGAUAGAAGAUUACGAUUUUUGGAGAGCAAAGUUCACUAUCUACUUCACAUAUGCAUGUUUUUUCUACUUCUCACACUACAGCGACAGGCUAACGUUUCUGCUAGCAGUCAGAAGAUGCUAAAUGGUAUCUUACCGAGCUUUCCUACUUUACAUGAUAAUGAUCAGGCAAACAUUUAAAAACACAAAGCAGACUUUUUUCAAAAAAGUGUGAGUCAUACAGUGCGUUUUUAGAGUAAGAGUAAUACCAGUUUAUUCAUGAAGAGUAUUUCAGCAAAGGAUAUUCCAGUUUGGUUAAAAUUUUUAAAGUGUGUAUGCAGUAAAUACAUUUUGUUGUUAAAAACGCUGUUAUUGACUGAGUUAGUUUUACCAGUUAUUUUAAAUACUAGCGUUUUGAAUAUAUGAUACAACGUAUUUGCCGUUUUGUUUUAGAAAUAUGUGUUCAAACACUAUUAGUUCUCUGAACAAGGAAUUUGAUAAGCGUUUGAAAUCGUACUGCGGUCCGAAUGAAAUAACCGAUUUAUGGCUUCCGUAUUUGUUGGCCGUUGAAGAAGAAUUGCCCGAUGAUGAAUCUGGUAGCAAAAUUCUAUAUCCCUUAUAUUACAAAUGUUUAGAAAAAUUUCAAAAUGAUCAAAUUCAGAUAUAUAAUAAACAUUUUUUAGAAAUAUGCCUUCAUAUAGCUCGUAUGUCAGUUGACAAAGGUUUAUGGUACGGUUUAUUCUAUAGUAAACGAAUUGGCGUUGAAUACGCUAAGUUCUGGGUUGAAUGGGCCUCAUAUGUCGAAAAUAGUGAGAAUAAUUAUGAAUCAGCAUGGGGAAUCUAUGAAGAAGGAAAAAAAUUUAUCCAUGAUCCGAACGAAAUUAUAGAAUUUGAAAAGGCUUAUUGCAAAUUCGAACCUCGUUUAAUCGAAUGGGACAAAACAAAAUGGGAAAGUGAAAAUCGAUCCAAUAUAAAGAAAAAAUCAUCAUUGAUGACAACUGAUACUGUGACGACGACAGAGCAAAAAGCCAAGCGUAGAACAAAAACAAGAACGACAUCCGCUUCUGAUGGUACAUCAGCAACGAUAGUUGAACAAAAAGCAAAACGAGUAACACGAACAAUAUCGACGUCGAAAGAAGAAAAAAUUGUUACUGUUGUUGAAGUAGCAGUAGUAGCAGCUAAGAAUUCAUCAUCACAACAAGCUUUAGACUCGAAAUCAUCUGAUGCACUUCCACCUCAACCGAUUGCACCUGUCAUUAUUGAUCCAAUGGAAGUAGAAGAUGAUGAUAGCGAUAUGGAAUCAAAUUAUUUACCAGAAUGCCGUGAACAAGUUCAUAGAGAAUAUUCACGUCUCUUGGAUAUGUCACAAACAAGUCAGCUUGGAAGAAAAUCAUUGAUUAAUAUAUCGACAAUUGAUCAAGUUUUACAACGAAAUUCACUUAUGAUGAUUCAAAACCAACCGACACUUCAACAAAUUGAUACGUUCGAUGAAGAUUUUUUAAAUGUGACGGCUAUUGAAGUUGAUGAACGCGAUCCAUUUGAUGAUAAAAUAAGACGACAACUAUUAGAAAAUAAAGGAAUUAACUACACACAAAUGCAACAUUAUACAAAAGUGAAAACAAAUUUGCCUUCCCAGUUGCACAAAGAAAUCUUUUUGGGAUCUGAUGUCAAAAUACAAAAAGUUGAUUUAGGUGGCGUUACGUAUGAAUUUGGAAAGAAGUUGGGUGAAGGUGCAUAUGGUUAUGUUAUAGCUGCCCGUCUUCAAAAGAAACCGAAUAUAUCCUAUGCAUGCAAAAUUCAAUAUCCACCAUCUGUCUGGGAAUAUUACAUUUUAACGGAACUUUGUAGUCGUUCAAUACGUAAAGUGGGAAAAUUUGAUCUGAAUCUUCGUAUUCCAAGUGUACACAAACUUAUUGAAUAUAACGAUUAUAGUGUAAUGUUUAUGCAACGUGCACCACAAACACUAUUGGAUUUUGCUAAUUAUCAUAUUAGCAGAGAUCGACGUAUACCAUUUUAUUAUCAAUUAUAUUAUUCAAUAGAAAUGUUGAAUAUAUUUCAACAUAUGCAUAAAUUAAGAAUUAUACAUUGUGAUGUUAAACCCGAUAAUUUUAUGGUACUUCAAUGUCCAUCACAAAUUAAUGCUAAACAAAAUCCUUAUCAACAAAUGCCAUCGUUAAUGUUAAUUGAUUUUAAUCGAUCAAUUGAUCUGAAUUUAUUUGAUAAUGGGACAGCGUUUGUUACGUGUGUGCCGAAAAAAGAAUUGGCAUGUGUUGAAAUGUUAAGAAGUCGACCAUGGAUUUUUCAGCAUGAUUUAUUUGGAAUGGUCUAUUCAAUUCAUGUGCUCGUAUUUUUAAGUUAUAUGAUUGUAUGUGAAGAUGUCAAUAAUCCAGGAAUGAUGACAAUAAAAGCAAAAUUCAGUAAACAUAUUGAUCCAGUGUGGCAAGAGUUUUUUUGUACAUUUCUCAAUAUACCCGAUUGUAAAAGUAAUCCAAAUUUAGAAGAAUGGGAACAACGUUUACAAAAAUUGUUACAAAUAGAAACAAAACGUUUAAAACAAAAAGAUAUUGAUUAUAUUCGAGUGUUUUGUGAUAGCUUAGAACGUUUAUUAAGUCAGUUUGAACAACAACAACAACAACAACAAAAUCAAUGA